CGAAUAUACAUGUUAUCUCUUACAUCUCGUCUGCUCACUACGCGAGUUCCAACUAUGGCCAAAACAGUUCUAUUGUAUGGCCUAAGUGCACAUCCACCGGCAAAUACUGGGGGACACCAAGGAUAUGUAAAGUAUUUCACACAUCAGGAUUGGGUCGAUGAGAUGUGGGUUUUACCUGUAUACAAGCACAUGUACUUGGAAAAGCAAAAUCUGAUAUCAUUUGAACACAGAUUCAGGAUGUCCCAAAUAGCAUUUGAAGAGAAUCGAGACGUCAAUGCAGGCAACAAGGCCAAGGUCUUGGACACAGAAAAAGUAUGUAUAGAGCAGGCCAUACAAGACGCAUUGCUACAGGGUAGUGAUUUGAGCAAAGUCAGGGUUGGUACAUUCCAAAUUGUGGAAUAUUUGAAAGAGAAGCAUCCGGACACUCACUUCUGUUUCGUCAUGGGCGGGGAUACUUUUAAUGACCUACUCGAUGGUAAAUGGACAAAUACAGAGGAGCUGAGAGCGGCCGUAGGAAUUGUGCACAUUCCCCGUAUCGGAUACGAGGUGCCAGCGGAAGCCCUGGGAACACUCUUACCACCUCCAGUGGGCACAGCCACAUCGGUUGACAUUCCAAGCAUGACAGAUGUCUCCAGUACAAAGAUACGAAAUCUGGCGGCCAAGGGCGAUUACGAAGGCGUUGAAAAACUGGUAGAUCCUAGGGUGGCUGAAUACAUGCGGGAAAAUAAGCUCUACGGAUUAAAUAGCGGGACGGAAACAAAGGAAAAAUCCAUAGAUAAGCGGACAACAGCCGAAAGCCAAACAAGGAACAAUGGGAAAAGCGAGGCCAAGGAGGCGACUGAUGGUACGAGGUGGUCCAAAAGGAUAAAGAGGGACUCACAGUAGUCGAACUUAACCAAAUAGUGCAGUUAGAUAGAAAUAAAACAAUGC